AUGGUGUACACAUCGCUAACUAAAUUCAGUAUUCAAGAUCUAGUACCAGGAUCAACAAAAACAAGCGGUAAAAAGAUUGAUGUGGAUGCUAUUUUACCUUAUUUUAUUGUACCGGGAUUAUUGCUAAUAGCUACAAUAUCACGUACAGUCACUAUUACAGUUAUGGUAGUGAUUGCCAUGGGUGCUUUAUACGUACAGUCCAGACCGCGACAGAAAAACAGAUCCUCAUUUUUCUUCUCAUGGACAUUAUCAUCUGCAGUUUGUUUGUUCCUAAUAUUUGAGAAUGGUAUUUUGGGUUUCUUUGAAAUAACAAUGUUGGAAAAUUUUAUAUUCCUAGUACUUUUGGCAUGUACUUUAUAUUUCUUCUACAAAAUGAAAAUAAUUGCUGAAUAUGAACUGACUGGAACUGGAACCAAAGGAAAGGAGUACAGCCCAGUUUUGACUUCAGAUUCUCAUUAUUGUCAAAUAUGUCAAAUUGAAGUGAAUGAGAGAUUCUUCCAUUCAAUAUGGUGGGACUGCUGUGUACUAAGACCUAACUAUAUUCACUUCCUUGCUGGUCAUAUAUUUGCUUUUGCCACACUCCUGCUUGGAACCAACUUGGGUCUAACAACAGUUUGUCAACCCUUCAUACUUUAUGAACCAAUUCUCAUGCCUCUUGAUUGUGAAGAUAUUUACUAUGACUUCAACAUGUCGAUAUCCUUCGUUGCCUGUGUCUAUGCAUUAGGAUAUGCAUUAGUCAUUGCCGUGGUCUUAAUUCGACAACUGAUAGUCUACCUGCCAAAAUACAGCGAACCACAAUGGAAAAAACUAGUCAAUGUGCUCAAUGUAUGA